AUGCAUGUCAAAUAUCUCGUCACCCUUUUGGGGCUGCAGCAGCUGGUUUCGGCCAUGCCGGUGCAGGAGGCCCAGGAGGCUCAGGAUGGGGCGGCAGCUCCUGAGGUACAAGCGCAAGAUUUAGGCAGGAGAAAAGGCAAGGACGGUGGCAAAGACGGCAAGGAAAUGAUCACGAGCGCUCUGAACCAAGUUAUGACGGUGCUCAAGAAUCUCGAUACAGCCAUCAACAACAUCAAUCCUAAAGAUCUCACCACGGCACAGCCGCUACUUACGGUGGCACAGUCGUCCAUGGGCGUGUUUCAGGAGGCCGGGGCAAAGAUCCAGGCCGCUCCGAAGCUGGGAUUGAUUGAUUCGCUGUCCAUCGCCCAGGCUGGUCAGGGGCUGGGUGAUCAGGUCAAGCAGACAAUUGGUGACAUUGUCAAGAAGAAGCCCGUCUUUGACCAGCUCGGCGCCAGCUCUCUGAUCAAGGACCAACUGGUUAGCCAAAAGUCCCAAACCGGCGGGCUGCAGGACGCACUUGUCUCCAAGCUUCCCGCCAUCGCCAAGCCCAUCGCUGAAAGGCAGGGUCAGGAUAUUGUCAAGGUCGUCGACGACGCCAUUGCGACCUACAGUCAGCCGGCGAACAACUCUACUCAGCCGCCGGCUAGCACACCACCCAAGGCACCGGCUUCACCGGCUCCACCAGCUGCGCCCAAGAAUACUCCUGCUCCCAAUCCUGCUCCCAAACCACCGAGUCCUGCUCCGCCUCCAGCCGCACCUGCUCCGGCUCCCAAUAUGCCCAAGACUCCCAACCCUGGGAACAGCACUAUUCCCAAAACCCCCAGCAAUGGGAACACCACGGUGCCUAGGCCUCCCAAAACUGGGAAUUGA